ACUUGACAGCACAUGUAUAAGUACAUCUUCYCUCCAUGUCCACUACUAAGUCUUAGACAAGGGCUGGAGAUACUUUUUCUCCGAUCCAGUAAUGUGCCCACAUGAGGGCUGGCUCAUACAGAAACAACUGCAGAAAGCACUUAAAAGUGGAGGAAGGACCAAGAAGACCUGCUCUACAGUCAACCGGAGGAUCCCUUUGACUGAAUUAAGGCUGCCCUUAGAGAAACAGCCACAAGUGUUUUUCUGAGAAUAAACCCUAAACUCUGAUACCCAUGGAUGCUGCUGAAUUCCGCAAGAGAGGAAAGGAGAUGGUGGACUAUGUUGCAGAUUACCUGGAGAAGAUAGAAAARAGACAGGUCUUCCCAGAUGUGGAACCAGGAUACCUAAGGCCCCUCAUCGCAGACUCUGCACCCCAGGAUCCUGAAAGCUUUGAGGAUGUUUUUAAAGACAUUGAGAAGAUCAUUAUGCCAGGGGUGACCCACUGGCACAGUCCAUACUUUUUUGCCUACUUYCCUGCAGCCUCUUCCUUCCCAGCUCUUCUUGCAGAUAUGCUGUGUGGUGGAAUAGGAUGUGUGGGCUUCUCUUGGGCUGCAAGUCCAGCUUGCACAGAGUUGGAGACUGUCAUGCUGGAUUGGCUGGGGAAGAUGGUAAAUUUGCCUGAAGAGUUUUUAGCUGGGGAGCAUGGCCAAGGCGGAGGAGUCAUUCAGGGAAGUGCAAGCGAGGCCACCCUGAUUGCACUGCUUGCUGCAAGAACAAAGACUAUCAGACGGGUGCAGUCAGAAAAUCCUGAGCUAACAGAAGCAGAGAUCAUGGGCAGGCUGGUGGCUUAUGCUUCUGAUCAGGCUCAUUCAUCUGUGGAAAGGGCUGCACUAAUUGGUGCUGUGAAGAUUAAAAGUGUUCCUUCAGAUGACACAUUUAGUGUUUGUGGUUCAGCCCUGAAGAAAGUUCUGGAUGAAGACAAAGCUGCUGGUCUUAUACCAUUCUUCUUCUGUGCAACACUUGGAACCACCCCUUGCUGCUCCUUUGACAAACURUUAGAACUGGGUCCAAUUUGUAAUAAGGAAAAUAUCUGGAUGCAUAUUGAUGCAGCCUAUGCGGGGAGUGCAUUCAUCUGCCCUGAAUUCAGGCAUCUUUUAAAUGGAGUGGAGUUUGCAGAUUCAUUUAACUUUAAUCCYCACAAAUGGCUCCUAGUGAAUUUUGACUGCUCUGCUAUGUGGGUGAAGAAAAGAUCAGAUUUGAUAGGUGCCUUUAAAUUAGAACCUCUUUACCUGCAGCAUCACCAUCAGGAGUCUGGUCUUGUAACAGAUUAUCGGCACUGGCAGAUCCCCCUGGGCAGGAGGUUCCGCUCCCUGAAGCUCUGGUUCGUGCUGAGGCUCUACGGAGUCAGGGGGCUGCAGGAGCACAUCCGCAAGCAUGUCAGGCUGUCGCAUCAGUUUGAACACUUGGUCCUUCAGGAUGAAAGGUUUGAGGUCUGUGCUGAGGUUGUCUUGGGACUGGUCUGUUUCCGGCUGAAGGGCUCAAAUGAACUAAACGAGGCACUUCUUAAAAGCAUAAAUGAUGCCAAGAAGAUCCAUCUGGUCCCAUGCUACCUGCGAGAGAAGUUUGUGCUACGUUUUGCUAUUUGUUCCCGCACAGUGGAAUCCACCCACAUCAAGUUUGCCUGGCAGCACAUCUCACAGCUGGCAACUGAUCUUYUGAAAACAUGGGAGCAAAACCACCACCAGCAGUAACAGCAGUGAAGUGGAGAUGAGGUAAUUAACUGGCUUUCUCUGUGUUGCCAAGUUUUAUUUUAGGGGCAGGUGGGAAAGUCAAACUAUGAAGGAAAAAAAUACAAAACCGGUUGUUAUAUAGCCCAGCUGCAGUAGCAAAAUCCUUGCCAGCAAGUUGUGUUGUAACCUUUGUCAUUUGUUCUCUGUACUUCAUCUUGCCUGUUUCCAGGAUGCAUAAAGCCAAGGAGACUUGAGCUGACAUUUCUUACUAAUCUGUAGUCUUUGUUCAACCAAGCAAUGGAAAUGGAAGGGUUGGUGCUCCCUCUGUUGUCCCCAUUCACCCCUAGCACACUCACUCCUUUCUUCACAGAUGAAACUGAGAGGUGUUAUAACCAAUAUGACUGCAAAAAGAAUCCAAGUUGGAGAAGUUCAAUAACCUGUCUGGGUUGUAAAUAUGUUAAGAUGUUAUGAAUUUAAUAGAAUAUAAUAUGAAUAGGCAUGCACAAAUGUAGUUGCCAAGAUUUGGGGCACUGUCAUGUCAUGAAGCACUUGCUGCAGUAAUUUUGUAAAUGAACAAAGGACAAAGGACAUCAAAUUUUCCUUCACCGCAAAGCCAGACCAAGGGGAAUGAGGACUAACUGAUUGCUAAUUGUCCUCUUGGCAGGUUCUCUACUUUUCCCUAAAGGGCUUGCUUUUAAAACAGCCAUUUUGUCAAAUGACAGUAAAUAGGUUAUGCUGGCUAUUGGUUUCCAGAUUGAUCAUUCAUWAUGGAGCCCCUGAAAAGCUCCUCCUGAAGAGUUUUGUCAAAAGCCAUGUGCUCUAUAUUUUUAAUCAAGUUAUUAUAAGCAGGGAUUACUUGAAAAUAUGUUCUGUGAAAUUGAGUUGUGACUUGUUUUUAUGUCUACCAUUUUGAUUAUUUCAUUGUGUAAUAAAUCUUGACAAAAGUGCUAAGAAAUGUGAUGUCAAAAAUGUUACUCUUAGUUCUUCAAAUUAGCUAACAAAUGAGUAAAAAAUGACAAUAAAAAUAGAAAGUAAGAGAACUAACCCCCAAAAUCUGCUUUGGUGCACCCAUCAGUGGUUUUCUUAAAUUAACAGCGAUGAAUGGAAGAUAAAAAUAACUGAAAACCUCUUUCAGAGAAAAUCAAACCAUAUGUACUUGACACAAACCAUUGAUAUUUCAUCCUGUCGAAGGCAGGCACAACAAAGCUAAAAUGAAAGAGGUAAAAUGAAACAAAAAUAUCAAGUCAAGAAGUACUUUUGCCAUUUUUAAAACAUAAAUUUCAGACAGUUAUUUUGUGUAAAUAAAAGCAACAUAAAUAGCUGGUCUGAGAAACAUAAUAUGUAGGAUUAAUUUCUACAUUGCAAUCUUCCUUCUACUGCUCAUACUAACUUCUAAAGCCUCCUGAGCAACRUGCAAUUAUUUAGAUUUCUUCCUUCAUCCCUUUCAAGUACACUUCCUACAGUUGGAAAGUUGCCAGUAGAUCAGGGAAUAUGGAUCAGGACAAUUAAUUUGGCCCAUGGUCUACUCUUACCUUUGUCUUUCCAAAWGAUAUUAACAAAUUUUAAUAUGGACCAGGCAAAUUUUUCUGUUGAUCCUUCAUCUCUCCCUUCUGGGGUGCAAACUGGGAAGGAUUACUAUUUCCUUAAGGAAUUGAUUUCCCACGUAAUAGAUGAAGAAAUGGAUGACAAAUGAAUUUGGCAAAACCCAGUAAUAUUUGAGCAGGAGACUGAGCUAUUUCACAAGAUACUCUUGUCAUGUACAGUGUCAUAAAUUUUGAUAGCAUCAUUCUCUUUAGCAGAACCAAUAUGAAAUUUAGCUUUUCUGUAGCAGCACAAUGCAAUUGGUAGACUGAAGAGAGUGGAAAAUGCUAGCAGUUGUUCCCUUUUCUCUCUCUCUUUUUUUUUUUUUUUUUUAAAUUCAAUUUCAGAUGUAUUCAGGUUUCAGGACCUGGAGAACA